UGUGCAGGAAGAGAGGUUUUGUUUACCGGGCGUUUAAGUCUGCUGAAUCUCAGUCGUUGACUUUAGCUGUAUUAACAGUGUGAGGAGACAGGCCAUAUACUUUGUGUUACUCGCAUCUGGAUCCGGCGGAGUUGCUGACAAGUAUGUCGUAUCAUUUAUUCCAUUGUCUGCUGGCUGCCAUUUUCCUAAUCACGAUAUUCCAAGGCAGAGGAGCCUCGGACAGUUGUCCUCAUCCAUGUUCGUGUACAUACAAAGGACAGAUAAUUGAAACUUUGGAUUGUUCAAAUCUUAACUGGGAAAGCAUUCCUCCAGAGUUUAUUUUCCCGCCUUCCGUGAUUAAUAUUUCGCUUGCUAAUAAUCUCCUUGUUGUUCUCAAUAAUGGUACAUUCAGGAACCUGACAAAUCUCCAGUCACUGGACAUCUCUUACAACCGUUUGACAGCCUUGGAAUACUCAUGCUUCGAAGGAUUGGAAUCAUUGAUAAAACUUAAAAUGAGCUUCAACAAUCUAAAGAUGACAACAGGUAUUUACGCUCCGGGAAUAUUCCGAUAUUUGAAACAUCUGAAAGUUUUAAGUAUCCAUGGCAACAUCAGGCAAUCUACACCAGGUCAAACUUACCCGGAUGUAGCACUUUCUGAUCUCGAGAUGUUAGAAAUAUUGGAAAUGGACGGAUUAACAGAUAUGAUAUUUGGACAGGGGUUUCGGAAAUUAAAAUAUUUGACCGUUCUUGAUAUGACAGCAAAGCGUGGUGACGGUUUCUGUGAGUUGAUCGACGUCUACUACACAACGUUUAGCAGUUUUAGCGAUUCCUCACUUUCCGUGUUGAAGUUGGUACAGUGUAAUAUAUACCGUAUAGCACCAGGGGCGUUCUCAAUGCUUAAACAUCUAACCGAAUUAGACUUGUCUGACAAUCAUCAUAUUGCAUUUGACGGCAUGAAGAAUGCAAGCUUUGGAUUAAACCUAACAAAUAUUCAGAUUUUGCGUCUAAAUGCCAUUAACAGAUAUAGCAAUCCCUGGACGCUUCAGAAUAAACAUUUUGUUUAUUUCAAUACAACAAACCUCAAAACGUUGACGUUAGAUUCUAACAAGAUCACAAAAAUUGAAAAGGACGUUAUAGAACUCCUUCCAAUGUCUUUGGAGAAUUUAUCAUUUCGGAAAAAUAUUUUAACAGAUGGAAGUUUCUCAGUAAACAUCAUUCGCUUAAAGAAUCUUGUAGUACUUGAUAUAAGCUACCAGUUGGCUUAUCGUCACGUGACUGCUCCAAUAUAUCCAAUCCGGAGGAGAGAAAACAAAGAUGACAAGAAGGAGAGAAAAUCUUUCAGGAGUGCCAUUACUGCAUCACCUUCCUUUACAAAAUUUUGGGAUGUUUCACGUCCACAGCAAAUUGCCACCAGGUCAAACCAAUACCUUUCCUUCCGUCCUGACAACCAUACAGUAGACCAUGAUUUCUAUUUACCAAUAAAAUUGCGGAAAAUCUACGCAAGCCAUCUUAAGCUCGACCCUUUAACUAUUCCAGCUUUUACAUUCAAUUCAAAUAAUUCUUUAGAAUAUUGCGACUUGUCGUCCAAUGGACUCCAUGCCUGGUUCGGCAAAUUGUCAGGUUUACACUCCUUAACGAUGUUAGAUUUUCCUAUAAUGCAAUGUUUCGGUUGGCUCCGGAUUCGUUCGGUGACAUGCCUAAUUUACAUACCCUCUUCCUGAAUGGAAAUAGACUCGGCGUUACUAUAAUGCAGGACACGCAUUUUCUGACAUUUUCCAACCAAACAAAAUUAACCUAUCUGAAUUUGAGUGACAAUAGCUUAACUGAUCUUCCAGAAUUGAUCUUUGCCAAACAAACAACGCUUGAAAAGCUAGAUAUCCACCAUAACUUUUUGUCGGCCAUUAAUUUUCGAAUGAAGUCACUAGAAAAGAUAAAAGAGAUUAAUCUUUCGAAUAAUACAAUAAGAAGCCUAACGCGUGUCAAUAUGGAGGAGAUUGAUUAUUUAGUUAAGCGGUCAAACUUCACCAUAGACUUGACCGGAAACCCCCUGCAAUGUACAUGUGAUCAGUUAGAACAACUUCGAUGGAUGGUGGUUACUAAAUUCGUGUUCCGGAACUUAGAACGAUACACUUGUAAAGCCAACAAUGGCAGCAUUGUCAGUCUUGGUGCGUUGGACGAUAUGGUGGGACAAAUGGGAAUCGACUGCAUAACAGGGGAGGUAAUUAUCAUUUGUGUGGCUGUGUUUUGUGGACUGAGCUUUAUACUUACAGUAGCUGCUCUCGCCUACUACAAGAAGUCUCGACUUGUGUACCUCUUCAGUGUAGGCAGAAAACACAUCAAUCCAUUAGGAACAAAUAAUCCAACAGGAACAAACAUUCAAGAUGGCGAAGAAAAUGAAGAACAAAAGAAAUUUACGGUGUAUGUGUCUAUUGAACCCUCCCGGCUAGUGAAUGAUUUCGUCUUCCAACUAAAGGAACAUCUUCAAACUAAAGGCGUAUCUGUGUGCAUACCAGAGUUAGAUAUGAGAAGUGGCGCGAAAGAGAAUAUAUCUAUCGUUCAGGCCAUGAACAACAGUGCAUGUAUACUAGCUCUCAUUGACAACGCCUACAUGACGUCAUUUCAUCGUCUUUUCGAAUUCGAGGUUGCUGUCAUUGAAGGAAUUCAGAACCGAUUUAAUAAUAUUGAUUGUUGUUUUAUUAAAAGACUUGGACAGCAGACAUCUGCAAAUGAACGAUUUCGUUGCGAUGUACUGUCGAGAGAACCAUUUCUUUGAUGAUCGUCGGGGGCAAGAAAGAUUAUUUAUGGAAUUAGAAAAUGAAAUCAUAAGGUACAAGGAGUUUACAGAGAGAAAGACAUAGCAUUUUAAUGUGACAAAGCUCUGCAUUCAGCUCGCUAUAUUCACUUAGGGAGUGGCAGAUGGAUGAAGGGUUGUAUAGUUGAUGUCAUAAACCCAUUUGGAAACCUCCCUUGUUCCUUGUCGUAAUCAAUGUUUACCUAACGUUUGUUUUAUAGGAAGACAGUUGUUUUGUUGUUGUUGUUUUUUUGUUAUUUGUUAAGUUGGUAAAUAUUUAGUAGAUAAGUGUGAUUUUCUUAAGAUCACAUAAUCCUAUAAGUUCACAAUCAGAUUUGCAAUUUAUGUUUGAUUUAUUGUACUUUAACACUGUGUUUCUGUGAAGAAAUCCUAAACAAUAUAAAUAAAUGUAUCAUAUUUACAUGAACUAACACAGAAACAAUUACACUGACUUAUAUACAUAAUAAGAGAGCCCGGAUGACCUCUGAAAUGCACAUUUCUUGGGUUCGCGAUUUAGACAGAAAAUUCGCGCGUGAAAACAGGAAGGUACUUUUGUUCAUAGACAACUGCCCCGCCCACACAGUCGUAAACAAUCUGAAGUCAAUAGAGAUCAGAUUUUUGCCCCCGAACUCUAUCUCAUUCCUCCAGCCCAUGGAUCAGGGCAUCAUUAUAAACAAUUUUAAUGUGUUUUAUCGCGAACUUUUGAUUCAGGCUAUGCUCAAAGCAAUGGACAAAAAAAAACAUAAAUUUGUCGUCGAUUUAGCUUCAGCUAUAAACUGGAUUUAUCGUGCAUGUGGACUUCAGGCUUGUUUUGGAAAGGUAGGGUUUAAGUCUGACCCGGCAGAGGUCAUUAUCGAAAUCGACCAAUCAGACGACAUCCUAGAUGACAUGCCAUUGAGCGACUUGAGACGAGUUUUGCUGGACACACCUCUUACGGAAUACAUCGAAGUUGACUCUCAGUUAACAUCGCGCAAGACAUUCACAACUGACAAGGACAUUGUCAGGGAUUUGACAGAUACCGACGUUAACCAGGACAGUAGCCAGGAGAGUGAUAUUGACGAUGAUCCGGUAAGGAUUCGUGAAACAGCAACUAGCGCUGUCGACAGAGGGUACGUGGAGAGUAACGCGGAUGUACCACGGGGGAUUGGCAUGAUUUUCCAAAUGAUAGUCCAUAUAUAUAUGUAUUAUAGUGACAAUGUCACAAAGUCACUAUAAUAUAUACAUAUGUAUCUAUAUGGACUAUCAUUUGGAAAAUCGUGCCAAGCCCCUGUGUGAUGUACCGGAAACUAUUUUCACGUUUAUUCGCCAGCUUCAUUCAUAUAUAGCCAAAGUUAAAAGAAAUAAACAAUAACAAACAACAGUAGAAGACUUCUUCAAGCCAAAGUAACUUUCUUUGUAAGAAACUGUUAAAACAUGUUGUGACUAAAUAAAAUGUUGAUUGAA